CAGGUUGCCGGGCCAUCUUUAACACUCAACGCAAAGCCUAAAAAGCGACAUUCAACGGGUAGGAGACAAGGUAAAAAGCCACCAAGAGGGAAAAAGAGGCCGGAAAGAAGUUAAUCACCGGCCGCUGGCUGGCUCGCCGCAGUCAGAGAUACGAGAUAAGAGGUAUGGGGUGAUGGUUGAUCUAUUGACUGAACGUGGCUCGAAGAUACAAGAUGGCUGGUUGCUAAAGCGAUCGUGGUGCCGAAGAUGAAAUCGAACAAUAAAGAAACGACGAGCAGUGGUCCAAUUUAAGCUUCGUUCAUCUGGAACGCUCGCUCGUCGUCCAUCCUUCAUCUAAUACCGAUCAUUAUAGCUGUACGACAACUAGUAUUCCAAUGUCUUUCAUCCCACGUACAACCCGCUAUCUCAUGCCCACCAGUUAAUCUAAGCACCCUUUCACUGUCUGCAGCCUUAGCCGUCAGAAGGAAGAGUUAAUGAAGUAGCUGUACAACAAUCUUUCGACGCGUCGCGUAAUGAUUGGCGAAUUGUGGUGGAAGAUUGCAUGAGGAACGCGCCGGUGGGUGACCGUGGGAAAGAGCGCGCCAGGGUCAAGGCUAGCUCUCGGCCAGCGACGGAGGCUGCUCUCGCCAAACCACAUCCGCCAUCUCGCACCAUCUCUCCCUAAAUCAUCCACCUCUCCAUACACAUCCCUUUGCCCAGCAGCCAUGUCCAGAUUCGUCAGGCCUUCCAAAUACCGCCACGUCUACGGAUCCAAAUCCAAGGUCAACUACGAGAAUGUCAAAAUCAGUGGUUCAGCAUGGGACACUGACCUUGUAGCUGCUGGUGGGAAGUACCUCUCUGUCAACUGGCAGGCUUCUGGUGGAGGUGCUUUUGCGAUCCUCCCACUUUUCUCGCCAACCUCACCUCCUCAACCUGCAGGGUUCCCAACCAAGCUCCCCGAUAUCGUCCCUCUUGCGCGAGGCCACACCGCGCCCGUGCUCGACACUGCUUGGAAUCCUUUUGACGACAACAUUGUCGCUUCUGCUGGCGAAGAUGGCAAGAUAUUCAUCUGGAAGGUUGAAGACUCUGCAUUUGAAGGAUGGGGCGAAGAUCACUGGGAACCUGAAGACUUUAACCCCGCGCUCAAACUCAGCGCUGCCGGUCGCAAAGUUGGACAGGUGAUUUUCCACCCUACCUCCUCCAACCUCCUCACUGCAGCCUCGGGCGACCACCUCGUUCGCCUUUGGGACAUUUCCUCCGGCGCGGACGAGCCCAAGCUCGUGCUCAAGGGACAUGGUGACUCUAUCCAGAGCAUUGCUUGGAACUCUAUCGGUACCACAUUAGCUACCACUUGUAGAGACAAGAAACUUAGACUGUUUGAUCCUCGAGCGGGCAGCGAUGCCGUACGAAUCACAGAUGGACAUGCGGGUGUGAAGGGUUCAAGGAUCGUCUGGCUGGGUGACAGGGAUAGAAUUGCUACCACUGGAUUCAGCAGGAUGUCUGACAGACAGGUUUCUUUGUGGGACACGUCCAGCUUGAAGAACCUCGACACCCAAUCGAUUGACUCUAGCGCUGGUGUCCUUAUGCCAUUCUAUGCUGAGGGCAACGACGUUCUCUUCCUCGCCGGUAAAGGUGACGGUAACAUCCGAUACUACGAAUUUGAAGGCGAUCAACUCUACUUUUUGAAUGAGUACAAGACUUCUGACCCUCAGCGUGGUAUGACCCUUCUCCCUCGUCGAGCUCUCGACACGCAAGAACAUGAGAUUGCCCGUGCUUACAAGCUCUCCGGCGGAUGCGUCGAGCCCUUGAGCUUCAUCGUACCCCGAAAGUCCGAGUCUUUCCAAUCCGAUAUCUUCCCCCCUGCCAACUCUGCCGAACCUGCCCAAACCGCGGCCGACUGGUUUACAGGUAAGGACGUUAGGCCCAACGUGGUAGACCUCGAGACUGGUGGAGUGAGCGCUUCCAAGGAGGCCGUGCCGACUCCUACUUCUUCGGCCCCUGCCCCAGCUCCCGCCCAUGUCUCUGCUCCUUCGUCCACGCCCUCGCCUACCCCUGCCCCUGCCAAGGAAGAACCCAAACCUGCCACUGUACAUACGCCUUCCCCUCCUGCCACCUCCACUCCGAUUCCCGCCCCAGCAGCCGCCGAUGUGCCCAUUGCGGUGAAGAAGGAAAUCGACACUGUCCCUGAAAUUACCGCCAAGGGCCUUGAGAUUGAACAACCCGAAGAGCCUAGUGAGGAUGAACAGGAGGACAAAGGUCCUGUGGAGAAGGUGCAGGAUAGCUUGAAAAGUUUGACUGUCGGCAAGGAGGAGCCUAAAACGGAGAAUAACAGCGUUGUUGCUCCCUCAAACACCCUCCUCGUCAAGAAACUUUCACCUUUCGCCACACUCCCCACCCGGGGCUCUUCUCUUUCAGCCGGCUACGAUCUCUACUCUGCUGAAGAAACGGUUGUGCCCGCAAGAGGCAAGGCUUUGAUUGACUCGGGACUUAGUAUCGCGGUGCCAGAGGGUACCUAUGGGCGAGUGGCCCCUAGGAGUGGACUUGCGAGCAAGCAUUCUAUCGACACUGGUGCGGGUGUGAUCGAUGCAGACUAUCGAGGACCCGUCAAGGUUCUCUUGUUCAACUACUCUGACGCCGACUUUACGAUCCAAAAGGGCGAUAGAAUCGCACAGUUAAUCUUGGAGAAGAUCGUGAUGGCGCCUAUCUCGGAGGUUGAGGACCUCGAUACCACAGCUCGUGGAUCAGGCGGUUUCGGCUCCACUGGCGGUUUUGGGAAAGCAGUCAAGGACGUUGCGGGGAGCUUGAUUUAGAUUCAAUAAUAAACAUGUGUGUGUGUGUGUGUUGAUGUAAUCGAUAUACUCUCUUUUGAAAGUGCAAAAAGAAGUAGAUGUAGAGAAUGAUAAGAAUGAUCUCAGUGUUAAAAGAUUAGGGUUAGGAGCGA